CCGAUGUGGACUCUGGUGGGCGCCGGCAUUAAGACACUCGACGAAUCGGGUCGUCCGAUGGCUAAAGUGAUGCCCAAAGGUGUCAAAUGGAUCAAAGACAGGGCGAUGGCCAUCGAGCCCGACCAGAAUCGGGUGCGACUGUCCGGCGCCAACGGAACCAUUACCUACGACUACCUUCUGGUGGCCGUCGGUAUUAACAUUGAUUGGCAAAAGAUUGUCGGUCUUGAGGAGGCGCUGAAGACACCCGGCGUUUGCUCUAACUAUUCGGCCGAAACUGUGACCAAGACUUUGCCCGCCAUUAAGGCUAUGAAAGGCGGUAACGCUAUCUUCACGUUUCCCAAUACGGCCAUCAAGUGUGCCGGCGCUCCGCAGAAGAUCAUGUAUUUGGCCGACGCCUACUGGAGACAACACGGAAUACGGGAUAACAUUAACGUAACGUUCAAUACAGCGUUGGGAGUGAUAUUUGGAGUGAAGAAAUACGCGGAAUCGCUCAACAAAGUGAUUAAACGCAAGAAUAUUAACGUGAAUUACGGCCACAAUUUGGUGGAAGUGGUGGCCGACAAGAAAGAGGCCGUCUUCGAGGACUUGCAGUCGAAAGAGCGAAAGCGAUUCAAGUAUGAUAUGCUUCACGUCACGCCUCCUAUGAGCGCACCACCACUUGUCGCCCCCUUAGCCGACCCCCAGUCCGGGUAUAUGGCCGUCGAUAAGGGGACACUACAGCACGUGAAGUAUCCCAACAUAUUCGGUAUCGGCGACUGCACUAACGCACCGACAUCUAAGACGGCGGCCGCAGUGGCCGGACAGACGGGUGUUGUCUCACGUAAUCUAUACGCUGUGAUGAGAGGCAAGAAACCGUACGCUCAAUACGACGGCUACACCUCCUGUCCACUCGUGACCGGCGAUAAUAAGUGCAUAUUAGCCGAGUUUGACUACGAUCUGCAGCCGUUGGAGACGUUUCCCAUCAAUCAGGCCAAUGAGAGUCGUAUUAUGUAUUACAUGAAAAAGGAUUUAAUGCCAAACAUGUAUUGGUACGGAUUGUUGAGAGGCAUAUGGAAUGGUCCGCAGUUUUACCGACGGAUUAUUUGA